AGGGGGUGGGAGAAACCGGGCCGGGAACGGGCGGAACAGCCCGGGAUUAACGCGGGUUUAGAGCGAAUAAACCCCACCACAUCCUGCAUUAAAAAAAAAAAAAAAGAGGCCGAAAAGGACCGCCAACGACGAAGCACGAGAGCCGCGGCCGGGUCAAAGGGCGGAGGUGAGGAAGGAGCCGCUUCCCGGUGAGCUGGAGCCCGUGCCUUCCCUGAGGGGCUGCCCAUGCUGGAGUUGCCCGAGCCGCUGCUGUACCCCGGGAUGGCCUCGAGGUGAGGGCGGCCGAGGAUGACCCUGACUGAAAGGCUGCGCGAGAGGAUUUCGCGGGCGUUCUACAGCCACGGCCUGCUCUGCGCCUCCUACCCCAUCCCCAUCAUCCUCUUCACUGCCCUCUGCAUCCUGGCCUGCUGCUAUCCCCUGCUGAAGCUGCCCCUGCCAGGGACGGGCCCCGUGGAGUUCAGCACGCCAGUGAAGGACUACGCUCCCCCGGGGCCGGGCCCGCAGCGUGGCGAGCCCGGCGAGCGCCCCGAAUGGUACGUGGGCGCUCCCGUGGCCUACAUCCAGCAGAUCUUCGUGAAAGCCACCGUGUCCCCGUGGCAGAAGAACUUCCUGGCUGUGGAUGUGUUCCGCUCGCCGCUGUCCCGCGUCUUCCAGCUGGUGGAGGAGAUCAGGAACCACGCCCUGAGAGACAGCUCCGGCGUGAGGAGCCUGGAGGAGGUGUGCCUGCAGGUGACAGACCUGCUGCCCGGCCUCAGGAAGCUGCGCAAUCUGCUCCCGGAGCACGGCUGCCUGCUGCUGUCCCCGGGCAACUUCUGGCAGAACGACCGCGAGCGCUUCAACGCCGACCCAGAUAUCAUCAAAACCAUCCACCAGCAUGAGCCAAAGACCUUGCAGACGUCAGCCACUCUCAAAGACCUGCUGUUCGGGCUGCCCGGCAGGUACAGCGGCGUCAACCUGUACAACCGGCGGCGCGUGGUGUCCUACACCGUCACCCUGGGGCUGCAGCGCUACGACUCCAGGUUCCUGAGCAGCCUCCGCUCCCGCCUGAAGCUGCUGCACCCCAGCCCCAACUGCAGCCUGCGGGAGGAGAACGUGGUCCACGUGCACUUCAAGGAGGAGAUCGGCAUCGCCGAGCUCAUCCCACUCGUCACCACCUACAUCAUCCUCUUCGCCUACAUCUACUUCUCCACACGGAAGAUCGACAUGGUGAAGUCCAAGUGGGGCCUGGCGCUGGCGGCGGUGGUGACGGUGCUGAGCUCGCUGCUCAUGUCCGUGGGGCUGUGCACGCUCUUCGGCCUCACGCCCACGCUCAACGGCGGAGAGAUAUUCCCAUACCUGGUGGUGGUGAUUGGCCUGGAGAACGUGCUGGUCCUCACCAAGUCCGUGGUGUCCACGCCCGUGGACCUGGAGGUGAAGCUGCGCAUCGCCCAGGGCCUGAGCAACGAGAGCUGGUCCAUCAUGAAGAACAUGGCAACGGAGCUCGGGAUCAUCCUCAUCGGAUACUUCACCCUGGUCCCGGCCAUCCAGGAGUUCUGCCUCUUCGCCGUGGUGGGGCUGGUGUCAGACUUCUUCCUGCAGAUGUUCUUCUUCACCACCGUGCUGUCCAUCGACAUCCGCCGCAUGGAGCUGGCUGACCUGAACAAGCGGCUGCCCGCCGAGUCGUGCCUGGCGCCGGCCAAGGCGGCGUGCCGGGCGCGCCCGCCCGCGCUGCGCCCGCCGCACGCGCCGCACGCGCCGCACACGCCGCACACCAUCACCCUGCAGCCGUCCUCGCUGCGCAACCUGCGCCUGCCCAAGCGCCUCCGCGUCAUCUACUUCUUCGCCCGCACGCGCCUGGCACAGCGCCUCAUCAUGGCCGGGACAGUGAUCUGGAUCGGAAUCCUGGUGUACACAGACCCUGCCGGGCUCCGCACCUACCUCACCUCCCAGGUCACCGAGCAGAGCCCCCUGGGGGACGCAGGCCUGCCUCCCAUGCCCGUCCCUGGAGGGGUCCUGCCCGCUGGGGACCCCAAGCUCGACCUCUCGGUCUUCCCGGCGGAGCCGAUCCAGCUGCCGGAGAACCAAACGCAGCAGCGCGAGCAGAAGCCGGGGCUGGAGCCCAACCAGCACAGCUGGGCCCAGGGGCCCGAGGGCAGAGGGAACGCGCAGGUGGAGCUGGGAACAGAGGCAGAGGUUACCUGGGGAGCAGAGGAUGAGGAGAUCUGGAGGAAGCUUUCCUUCAGGCAUUGGCCAGCCCUCUUCAGCUACUACAACAUCACCCUGGCCAAGAGGUACAUCAGCAUCCUGCCGGCCAUCCCGGUCACGCUGUACCUGAAGCCGCAGGAGGCGCUGGAGCUGCGGCACCCGCAGGAGGCCUCGCGCUACCAGCCCCUGGCAGCGGGCAGGCCCGAGGAGCGCGCCGCGCCGCCCCGCGCCCACCACGACACCACCCUCUACAAGGUGGCCGCUCUGGGGCUGGCGUCGGGCAUGCUGCUGGUGCUGCUGCUGUUCUGCCUGUACCGGGUGCUGUGCCCCAAGAACUACGGGCAGAACGGGCCGGGCCGGCGCCGCCGCGGGGACCUGCCCUGCGACGACUACGGCUACUCCCCCCCCGAGACCGAGAUCGUGCCCCUGGUCCUCAGGGGACACCUCAUGGACAUCGAGUGCCUGGCCAGUGACGGGAUGCUGCUGGUGAGCUGCUGCCUGGUGGGGCAGAUCCGCGUGUGGGACGCGCAGACGGGCGACUGCCUCACGGUCAUCCCCAAACCCAGGCUGCGCAGGGACAGCAGCGGCGUCUUCGACUACCAGGAGGGCUGGGACCCCAGCCCGGACGGGAAGAACGGGCCUGAGGACUCCUUUGAGAGCAGUCACCAGCUCAAACGGCUGCUGGGCCCCCCCCAGCCGCCCCUGUUCUGCGACCAGCCCGACCUCACCUCCCUCAUCGACACCAACUUCUCGGAGCACGCCAAGGCGGCCGAGUCGGAGCCGCGCCUCCGGGCCGUGGGCGCUCGCCACAAGGACUCGGGCUACGACUUCAGCAGCCUGGUUGGGAAGGUGUACGAGGAGCACGGCAGCUCCGGCUGCAGGAGCACGAGCUUCCCGGGGCUGUCGGCCCCGCACGGCCCCGCCGGGCUCUGCGGCAGCCGCGGCCGCUCCCCGUGCGGCUCCGAGCAGGGCGGCUGCGGCGGCCGCCGGCGCAGCCUGGGCGACGAGGCCUGCGCGGGGUGCGACAAACCCUCCCCGCUGCCGGCCUGGGGAGGGGACCUGGAGAGCUCCAUCUGGAGCCUGGAACUGCAGGGGAACCUCAUCGUGGCUGGCAGGAGUAACGGGAAGCUGGAGGUUUGGGAUGCCAUCGAGGGGACCCUCCGCAGCAGCAAUGAUGAAGGACAAUCCGGCAUCACAGCCCUCGUCUUCCUCAACAACAGGAUCGUGGCUGCCCGCUUGAAUGGCUCCUUGGAUUUCUUCUCUCUGGAGACACACACGUCCCUGAACCACCUGCAGUUCCGAGGAGGCGCGGGCAGGGGCAGCCUGCCGCCGUCGCCGGAGCUGUGCCGCGGCGCCGCCGUGCGCUGCCGGCUGACGCACAGCGUGGCCUGCGCGCACCACAAGCCCAUCACGGCGCUCAGGGCCGCCGCCGGCCGCCUCGUCACCGGCAGCCAGGACCACACGCUCAGGGUGUUCCGGCUGGAGGACUCGUGCUGCCUGUUCACCCUGCAGGGCCACUCGGGGGCCAUCACAGCUGUGUACAUCGACCAGACCAUGGUGCUGGCCAGCGGGGGCCAGGACGGGGCCAUCUGCCUGUGGGACGUGCUGACGGGCAGCCGUGUCAGCCACAUGUUCGCGCACCGCGGGGACGUCACCUCGCUGACCUGCACCGCGUCCUGCGUCAUCAGCAGCGGCCUGGACGACGUCAUCAGCAUCUGGGACCGCAGCUCGGGCAUCAAGCUCUACUCCAUCCAGCAGGAGCUGGGCUGCGGCGCCAGCCUGGGCGUCAUCUCCGACAACCUGCUGGUGACGGGCGGCCAGGGCUGCGUGUCCUUCUGGGACAUCGGCUACGGGGACCUGCUCCAGACCGUCUACCUGGGCAAGAGCAACGAGUCGCAGCCGGCGCGGCAGAUCCUGGUGCUGGAGAACGCCGCCAUCGUCUGCAACUUCGGCAGCGAGCUCAGCCUGGUGUACGUGCCCUCGGUGCUGGAGAAGCUGGACUGAGCGGGAGGGGCUGGCGGCGCCGAGGCGGGCUCGGGGCUGUGCCGGAGCGGGGACAGGGCCGGCGGCCCCGCGGCUCCGUCCGCGCCACCGCAGCGCCUCCGCUCGCCGAGCUGGGGCUCCUCCUGCUGCUCUCCCUGGCCCGGCAUCUUCCGUGGGGCUCGGGGAGCCCCGGCAGCGCGGGGGUGCAGGGGGACGCGGGGGCGGGACAGGGCAGGAGCGGGGACAGUGCGGUGGCUCCCAGCCCAGCGGGGGCUGUGCCAGGCCAGCAGCGCCCGCAGAGCACGGAACAGCCUCGGACAGCCCCGGCCCCGGGUGGCAGCCGGGGGGGACCGGCACAGGCCCCUCCUGGCCGUGGCUCGGCCCCCACGUGCCUUAGGGCGCGGCAGGGCCCCGCCCGAUCCCGCCCGGGGCCGCAGCUGCCCCCACCUAUUUAUUUAUACGCUGUAAAUAGUUAUUUAUUGGGGCAGGGGGCGCGGGGGUGCAGCCCCGGCAGUGCUGCCCUUGCCGUGCCCUGGCACAGCUGCCCUGCCCGGCUCCCUCCUGCGCCCCACCUGCAGCAAUAGCACCUUCCUCCCCCCCUUCCUCCUCCUCUUCGCGCUGCGGGGCCGGAGGAGGCUUUUCUCAGGUUGGGAGCGGGCGGAGCCCUCGCCCCAGUCCUGCAGGCGCUGGGGAGGGACCCGAGCGGGGCCAUAGCGGGACCAACGACACAGCCAGGGCCGGGGCUGCCCCGGGGCUGCCCCCGGGCUCCCGGCGCCUCCCGCCCUGCCCCGAACCGCCCAUGAUGUCUGUUCUUGACCCCCGGUGAUUGUAGAGGCGGCGCCGGCCGGGCCAGGGGCGCCCCGGGAGCCCGGGCCAGCCCCGCGGGUGGCCUUCGCCCGGCUGUACCUUUGUGCUGUACAGGGGACGCUUUUUGUACCGAUCGUGUUUUAUAACGUGUGCAGGAACAUCCAUUAAACGGA